GGAGGAGGAAAACGGACAGGAAAAGAUUUAAUUGCAAAAUAUAAGGACAAAACACAACGCCAACAAAUUUCCCGUACCCUUCACUCCUAAAAUGUAGCUAAUUGAAAUAUUUAAUAUAUAAAAAAAGGCUACCCUUUCCUAAUUCGUCAUCUGCUUUAGUGAUUAGAGAGAUCGAUCAGCGAGAGAGAGAGAGAGAGAGAUGGCGUGCGAGGAAGAAGCAGAGGCAACAGCAGCAGCAGCUUCUGGUGCAGACCCAAGUUCAACCCCAAAGCUUCCGCUCUUCUCAUUUCUCCCCCCACCCAUGCAGUCUCCUGAGCCCUCCGGAACCCUAACCCCCCCACUCCACGCAACCGCCUCCGUUCCCUUCCGGUGGGAGGAGCAGCCCGGCAAGCCCCGCCCAUGCUCCGCCCUCUCCGCCGCCCGCACCACCUGUUUGCACCUCCCUCCCAGGCUCUUCUCCGAAUUCAGAGUUCCCAAGAUGCCCUCCCCCACCACCGUCCUCGACGGCCCCUACGUCGCCAAGUCCCUCUCCUUCGGACACACUCCGCAAGCUGGGUACCCCUUGAGUAUUUGCGGCAGCCGCAGCAGCCCCGAAACAGGGCAGCGGCUUGGGACUAUUGUUCUUGGCAAGGGAUAUGCAUCGUCGGGGCCGAGGAAGGGAUCGGGGCUGUUUGGCUCUUGGGGCUGGGGGAGGAGGAGGGCCCUCAGCCUCAAGGGCAAAAGAGACAUCGACGGCGGCGAAAUUGGCGGAAGCAAUAACACGGCUGUGAAGGUGGCUAGAAUUGGAAAGAAGGGGAGCUUUUUGAAUCUUCCCCAUGCGGAAUCUCACUUCUGGGCUACAGUGUAUGGAAAUCUGAAACAGGCGAUCCAAUGGAAGACCAAAAAGCAGAAGAAAGAUGAAGGGGCCGUGCAGAGCAUCUGACUUUUCCACCCACCAUCUUUCUUUCUUGCGACAUGCUGCUGCAUUAUGUUCCGAUAGGGAUCUGCCAAUGACUAUGGCACUUUUAUUUUUAUUUUUCAAAAUGUAAUUUAAAGCAAGCCAGCGUCACCUUCAUCUUCUAACCAAGUCCUGUAUUAUUUUUGUUAAGAGUAGGAUUAUUUUAAGCUAGUUUUUUCUAUCAUCAUGUAUAAUAAAUUGACAUCAUCAUCUACUUUUUUAAAAGAUUUGAUUGUAUGGUAAA